AGCAUGAGUUUCAAUCAAGCGUGGGUCACAAAACUAUUGGUUAUCGAAAAUCAAAACCAAAACAGAUGGAAUGCUUCAGCCUCGGGACUGCAUCGAACUGAUCAAGAGCUGCGAUGACCUCACAACAGCCAGAAAAAUUCACGCGACCCUUCCCAGCAACACCAGCCCUUUCGUCACCAACAAGCUCAUCGAGAUGUAUGGGCGCUGCGGCAGCGUCCAGGAUGCUAGGAAGAUCUUUGCGGCAAUCGAGGACAAGAAGAAAAAGAGUGUCUUCACUUGGGUCGCAAUGCUCACUGCAUACACUCGUAAUGGUCACCUUGAUCGAGCAAAGCAGCUGUUCGAUGAAAUGCCCGAGUGGGACGUCACCGCCUGGAACACCAUGCUUGCAGCAUAUGCCAAGAACGGGCGUUUGCAGGUUGCAAAAGUAAUGUUCGAUGAGCUGCCACAUAAGAACUACGUUUCUUGGAACGCAAUUCUCAGCGCUUACUCGCAAAAUAGGAAUCUUGCGGAAGCCUUGACGAUGUUUGAGGCCAUGCCACAACAUGAUGUUAGCUCUUGGAAUGCUGUUCUUGCGGCGUAUACCCAAAAUGGGCACCUUGAGAAAGCCAAGCUGGUGUUUGAUGCCAUGCCGGAGAGGGACUUGAUUUCCUGGGCUUCUAUGCUAGCUGCGUACGCCCAAAACGGGCAUCUCGAGCUUGCCGAGAGAAUCUUUGAUGAAAUGCCACAGCAAAAUCUUAUCUCGAUGAAUGCCAGGCUCGCUGCUUUUGCUCAAAAUGGUCAUCUUUCUGCGGCAAAGUUGGCGUUCGAUAGAAUGCCCCAAUGGAACUUAAUCUCUUGGAAUACAUUAAUGAGUGCCUAUGCUCAAAAUGGAUUUCCCUUAGAGGCGAGAUCUUUCUUCGACGAGAUGCCGCAGCGAAAUGUGAUAUCUUGGACGGCAAUGCUUUCCGCAUAUGCCCAAUAUGGGCUUAUCGAGAAAUGCGUGGACAUUUUCGAGAGCAUGCCUCAGUGGAACUUGGUGUCAUGGAAUGCCAUGCUAACUGCAUAUGCUCAUCGAGGAGAUUUAGAAAACUUUUUAGAACUCUUUGAAAAAAUGCCAGAACACAACGUGGUGUCUCAAAAUGCCUUGUUGGGCGCUAGCUUCCAGAGUGGAGAUCUAAAGAGGAUGCAACACUUUUUUGAGACUAUGGCUCAUCGCAAUCUUGUCUCGUGGAAUGUUGUUCUCUCCGGAUAUGCCCAAGGUGGAUAUCUCGAGGAAGUACAGAUGGUUUUCAAUGAAAUGCCCGAAAGGAAUAUCAUCUCCUGGAACGCCACCUUUAGCGGGUAUAGCCAACAUGGUUAUAUCCAGGAAGCCAAGUUUAUAUUCGACAGCAUGCCGUACCACUCUCCAGUCUCGUGGACUUCGAUGCUUGCUGCUUACAGCCACAAUGGCCGCAAGGAUCAAGCAAAGAAAGUCUUUGAAGAAAUGCCAGAAAGAGACACCAUCUCGUGGAACGCGAUGCUGGCAACUUACGCCCAAAACCGGCAGCUGGAGGAGGCCAAGAGGCUUUUCUUCGAAAUGAAGGUGGCGGACUCGUUCGACGAGCUGAGUUUGAUACUGAUCCUGAUUGCUUGCAGUCACGAAGGCAAAGUUCAGAGUGGAAGAGACUUCUUUGUUGGGAUGAUCGAGGGCCACCAAAUGAGACCCUCGCAGCAGCACUACUGCUGCAUGGUGGACCUGUUUACUCGAGCUGGCUACACGAGAGACGCCAGAGAUUUGAUCGAAAACAUGCCUUUUGAAGCUAAUGGUGUGGACUGGACGUCUGUGCUUGGGUCUCACAGAGGCUGUGAGCUCCACGAACGAGCCAAGGAAGCAACGAAAUCCAUCUUUGAUGUCAUUCCAGAGAAAGGAGCUCCAUAUGUGCUGCUGUCGCAAGCUUGCAUCUUGGCACCAAAUGCUUGCCAAGAAAUGGACAAAACUCGAUCCAAAGAAGAGGUUGGAACUGAUCCUCCGGUGUUGUUAGGCAGAGGCUAGCAUUGGAUUUCUCCUGUAGCUAUUCGAAAGCAGUACAUAUGCCGCGGAGUCUCGUGGCUCCACGUCAAGAACGCUCUCGGCAGCUCGAGCUCC